AUGACUCCUAUGCACUUGGGUGCAUAUCUAGAUUACCCAUCUGCGGUGAAACCAUUACUUAAUCACGAUCAAUCAGUCGCUUAUUUCAGAAAUAGAGAUGGAAUGACUGCCCUCUACAUUGCUGCCAGCGUAGGUGCUAUAUCUUCAAUAAAAAAGUUAAUGGGGUUUUGUCCAGAUUGUGCAAAGCGGUUGAUAAUAGAGGCAGGAAUGCGCUUCACGUCGCAGCCCAAAGUGGGCAAGGCAGAGUGUGAACUUAUAAACGAAGGAAACACGCCUCUCAAUGUGCUUGCUACUUCCAGCAAAUAUAUACUUGCCUUGAUCAAUCGCCGUGAAGUGGACAAGUGGUCUUUGAAUGACAAUGAUUUAACUCCACUAGAAAUGGUACCAAACUCAACUUUAAACUCAACCUGUGCCGAGGCUGACAUUCAUCGCUCUUUAAACGACAAAAUGCAUUUACCUGACAAUAGCCAGAAUCUGCCAUAUACAACUAAGGAAAAUCCCAACGGAGAAGAAAAGACUAAUGGUGAGGGUGCCUCUAUUUUGCAAAGGAUAAGGGAAAUACAUUUGACACUCAUAGCAACUGUAACUUUUGCUGCUGAUUUUACUUUAUCUGAUGGCCAUAAUAGUGAAGGAAAAGACAAAAGGAAUGACAGUUCUAACCGAAAAAAGCUGCUUUUAGAGAAUUUGUUGCUUCAGAAAACCAUAGCAAUGAUACUAGCUAUUUCUGCAGUAUUUCUUCACUUUAUUUCAGCUAUGCAUAAUGAAGUGGAGAUUCAUGAUUUUCUUGAUUCAUCCAAAUAA